ACUGCUGCAGCAUCAACACUGCCCAGUAGAGGGGGCUACUGCAGCACUCCCCAAAUUACAGCUGCAGAGGGAGGGAAAGAGAAAGGAGGAAGUCCUGAGUGACUCGUUGAUUUGUGAUUCAGACGCGGAGAUGUAAUCAGACAGCAGUCAGAUACACAGACGGUCUUUGCUCUUGGCAGCCCUGCUUCAAGAAGCUCUUCCCUCUUCAGGUAUAAAGAUGGGCAGUGCUGCGCUCAGUGUGCUAGCCUGCUGUGUGCUGCAGCUCACUGUGGGGGCCCGGCAUACCACAGGACAGGUAAUGUUGAGCUCCAGCACCGCCGCUGUCAGUGAGCGGGACUGCAGCUGUGUUUGCACUCUCAGACGCCCCUCUCUGGAGCAGUGUAUGCUGGAUAGAGCCCCCCCAUCCCCUAAGCCCCUCCCUGCCCCAGGAUCAAAGUGCAGGUGUCAGUGUGAGGUCACGGGGUUCAACCCCUGUGAGACAGAGCUAAGACUGGAGAAACUGAGGAGGAGGAGCACCGACAUCGACAAGGUGCAGGGUAUCUCUGUGAUGCUGCGACAGGCUCUGGAGAACGCUGACAUCAGGAGACUGAGCAGCAACACCAACCGAGUCAGCACUCACCUCAAAACACUGGAGCAGGCCCUGCGGUCCAAUCAGACGGCAGAGAAGGUGUUCCUGAAGAAAUUGCAGAGCUCACUAACCCAGAAUGCCAUGCUGUACCAUAACUACAGCGAGGCAAUGAGGUCACUGUCCCGAGAGCUGUACAAACUGAACGCACACCUGAGGAGCCUCCAAGCAACACAGGACAGACACACUGGGGAUCAGAAUCUGUGUAACAUCACCUUAGAACAGGACAGGGGAGCAAAGGUCAAAGAGCAAGCUGGGGCGGGAAAGGAACAUUCCUCUCCUAGCCUCUCCCCUAGCCCCGCCCUUAACCACACAACCACAUCCUCCCGGAGUGAGGAGACAAGACAGACAGACAGACAGGGGGAGCUGUCUAACACAGUGUGUGAGGAUGGCUGCUCUGGAUCUCUCUCCGCGGUGAGCCCCCCUCUCCAGCGCAGUGUUUUCGGGAGGAGUGGGGAGGGGGCCUGGUUCUCGGACCCCCUGUCCCAGGACAGCCCCCUCUACGUGGCUCCACUGCUGUUCGGGAGCACCCUGCUGGAGUUCAGAGACAUGGAUGUGCUGGCGCGGGGGGAGCCCCUCUCCCCCCCUCACACUCUCCCCGCCAGCUACUCCGGCUCAGGACACACAGUCUACAACUCCUCCUUCUACUACCUGAAGGCUUUCACUCGAACCCUGAUCCGCUACAGCCUGGUCCAGCGCUGCCUGUGCGCCUGGUCCGAGCUCAGUGAGCUGCCCUCCCCCUCGCACGGGCAUGGCUGGCAGGGUCACAAUGAGGUCACGCUGGGGGCAGACGAGGGGGGGCUGUGGGUGGCGUACCCCUCUCUGCUGGAGGGGGAGCUGAUGCUGAGGAGGCUGGACUCGGAGGAGCUGCUGCCCAGGAGAGGGGAGGGAGGGGAGAAGGCAGCGUGGAGCACGGGGCUGGGCAGGCACAGGUACGGGCUCUGCUUCCUGGUGUGCGGGGUGCUUUACGUGCUGGAGCGGGGGGCGGAGAGUGAGGGGGUGGUCUUCCACGCCUUCGACUCACACACAGGAUCACACACCUCCCCUGCACUCCCCUUCCCAGCUCGCCCCGCCACCACACUCCUCACACAGCUCUCCUACAACCCCCGGGACAGGCUGCUGUAUGGCUGGGACGACGGGGCGCUCCUCACCUACAGCCUGGAGUUCACAUACUGAGGACGAGACAGCGAGCCAGCCUGACUCCCUCUCCAAUUUAAAUUCAUGACAGGUCAGCACUGCCAAAUUAAUGCAGCAAAUCUACAGAAAUAUUGAUGAAUGUUGAUAUAUGCAGACGUGCUCAAAUUUGUUGGUAUCCCUCCACAAAAAACGAAGAAUGCACAAUUUUCUCUGAAAUAACUUGAAACUGACAAAAGUAAUUGGCAUCCACCAUUGUUUAUUCCAUAUUUAAUAGCAAUCAGACUUUGCUUUUGAUU